AUGCAUCUUCUCACACCCCUUGCUCUCGCCCUCCCCCUCACUCUCCCCGUUCUCGGCGCCGCGCUCCCGCACACGACCGAGCUCGCCCCCCUCCCCCUGGUGAUCUGGCACGGGCUCGGCGAUGACUUCCAGCGCGAAGGCAUGAAGUCGAUCGCGGCGCUAGCCGAGCAGACCAACCCAGGCACCUACGUGCACCUGAUCCACCUAGCGGACAGCAGCAGCGGCGACCGGCAAGCCAGCUUCCUGGGCAACGUGACGGAGCAGAUCGCGACCGUGUGCGCGCAGCUGGCGGCGGACCCGAUCCUGCGGACGGCGCCGGCGGUCAACGCGCUGGGGUUCUCGCAGGGCGGGCAGUUUCUGCGCGGGUACGUCGAGCGGUGCAGCGGCGGCGGCGGCGGGCCGCCGCUCGUGCGCAACCUGGUCACGUUCGGCAGCCAGCACAACGGUAUCGCGGAGUUCCAGGCGUGCGGGUGGGGGGAUCUGGUGUGUCGCGGGGCCGAGGCGCUGCUGCGGGCCGGGCGGUGGUCGGCGUUCGUGCAGGCGCGCCUGGUGCCCGCGCAGUACUUCCGCGACCCGGCGGAGCUGGACGCGUACCUGGAGCACAGCAACUUCCUGGCCGACAUCAACAAUGAGCGCGCCGUGAAGAACGCCACGUACCGCGAGAACCUGGCGCGGCUGCACCGCUUCGCCAUGUACAUGUUCGAGGAUGAUGCGGUCGUGCAUCCCAAGGAGAGUGCGUGGUUCGCCGAGGUGGAUUCUGCGUCCGGUGCGGUCGUGCCGCUGCGCGAGCGUGAUAUCUACACGCAGGACUGGCUGGGGCUCAAGGCGCUGGAUGAGCAGGGCAAGCUCGACUUCCGUACCGUGCCUGGGAAUCAUAUGCAGCUGUCCGAGGAGACCCUCAUCGCCGUGUUCAAGGAGUAUUUCGGCCCUGUCGAGGUGGAGUGGCGCGAGCCUGAGAGGGACCAGGCUGUGCUGGUGGACCAGAGUGUUUAUUGA